AUGGCGGCCAAUGGCUCUCCUAAUAGCGCUAUAGGAGGCAAUUCGUAUAACCACGUCGAUGAAGAGCCAGAAACAUGCCUCACUACGGAAGAGUUGUCGAGAGAAAUAGCUGCUUUGGAUGCCCAGCGAUCACGCCUGGACUUAUCACCAACAUCGAAGCAGCGUCUCGGCCAGUUCACCGUUGCAGCUCUCAUCCUCAACCGAACAAUCGGCACGGGCAUCUUUGCUUUGCCGUCCACCAUCCUCGAUCAUACGGGAAGCUCCGGAGUCGCACUUCUACUAUGGGUCAUCGGAGGGCUGAUUAUCCUCUCGUUGCACAUGUGCUGGCUAGAGUUGGGCAUGUCGGUGCCGUAUUUCAACUACGUCGAUGAAGAUGGAAGGAUGCGGGCCCUGGCAGCUCCGAGAUCUGGUGGAGACAAGAAUUUUCUCGAGUACAUAUAUCAGUAUCCAAGACUCCUAGCGUCGUGCGUAUUCGGCGUCAUCUUCAUCAUCUUCGGCCACCUCGCCGCCAAUGCCGUCCAAUUCGGCAUUCUCGUCAUGCAAGCCAAUCACCCCGAAUGCGACUUAGAAGACGGUUGCUUCAACAAGAACGGCGCCAUUGGUUGGGCCAUCGCUGUCGUUACGAUAUGCGCCAUGAUUAACGUAGGCACUCGACAAUUCGCCAUCACCUUGAAUAAUCUCUUUGCCAUUGCCAAGGUGCUGUUUUUAGUCUGCGUCACCUUUCUCGGUAUCAUCUGGGGCUCGCUCCAAAAGGAGAACCAAUGCAGACAGAUUAGUUGGGAUAUUCGAAAGGAGAAUUUCAAGCCGAACUCCGGAGACAUUGUCCUCGCCGUGCUUUAUGCGGCGUAUCCAUACACCGGGUUCGAGCAGCCGUUCUACGUGUUGGCCGAAGUCAAGAAUCCUAGACGUGUCUUCCCAAGGGCUACUAUCACCGCCAUGUUGAUCGCCCUGGUGUUGUUCCCCUUAGCUAACGUCGGCUACCUAUGCGUAACGCCUUACACCGGAGGGAAACCUGAGAACACGAUGAUAAUCGCCAUGUUCGAACGAAUUUCAGGGACUUCCUCGGACGGCAAUCAAAAUGACGCCGAUCACAGAGUGGUGAGGGCAAUCUCCGCGCUCUUGGCAGUUUCCAUCUUUGGUAACAUCAUGGCACAAACAUUCACAGCCUCUCGGGUGAAGCAAGAGAUUGCCAAGGAGGGAAUUCUGCCCUUUUCCCUCUCCUUUGCCUCAGGUAGUGACUCCGUGCUAUCUCAAUUAUUCAAGCCAAGACAUACGCCGCCCCAAACGCGCUUCACGGUCGACGACGUUGAGGUCCACCCAGAGCAAGUACCCAUCGCGGCGACCUUUCUCCACUGGACUAUUGAAGUUGUAUUCAUCCUCGCCUUCGGCCUCCCUCUCGGUCCGGUUCGAGCGUAUCGCAUUCUGGCAGCGAUCAAAACCGCGACCCUCGUCGGCAUCUUAGGCCUGUUUACCGCCGCGGGUCUCCUGUAUCUCAAGAUCGACGCUUGGCUUUACCGAAAGACGGAAAAGGGUCGGCAGUGGGCCACGCACGUCCAGUGGCUGCCCCUUCUCAGUCCCUUGCACGCCAUCGUAGCAACUGGAGGUAUGGCACUCAUCGUAUUCGGAACAUUCGCUGAGCCGACCGUGAAAUUAAAGAAUGUUUCUCAUUUAAUUGGGCCGUCUACGGCCUGGGCGGCUGUCGCGAUAGCUGUGCUAUGGUGGGCUUGGUUGAUGUUGGACCAGAGAAGGAGGAGAGACUUCAUCCACGUCGUAAGAAGGCCGUUUAUUGAGAAGGAUGGACCGGAUGGCGAGUUGGUGUUGAAGGCGGAGAUUGUGGUGCUAGAGAGGAUCCCUGCGAGGGCUCGCAAGCAGAUCAGCCCGGGGGUCUUGCAUGCUCUUCCAUAG